CUGUUUCUGCCAUGGCCAUUUAUAAAGCCAUGGAGUGUAUGCCACCGACUUGAGCAGCAUCCAGUGAUCAAAAUCUCUGUUCUUCCUUUGCAAUUCUAGCAAAGGAUAUCUUUGUCCUCUUCGUGUGGUUCUUGCUAGAAAUCCCGCAAAGAUGAAGGCACUGAUUCUUGUGGGAGGAUUUGGGACUCGCCUCCGUCCACUCACGCUCAGCCUCCCAAAGCCACUCGUGGACUUCGCAAACAAGCCAAUGAUCCUCCACCAGAUUGAAGCUCUCAAGGAGGCUGGAGUGGACGAAGUUGUUCUUGCCAUCAACUACCAGCCAGAGGUGAUGAUGAGAUUUCUCAAGGAUUUCGAGGCCAAGCUGGGCAUCAAGAUCACUUGCUCCCAAGAGCGAGAGCCCAUGGGGACCGCCGGCCCCCUGGCGCUGGCCCGAGACAAAUUGGUGGAUGGAUCUGGCGAGCCAUUCUUCGUGCUCAACAGCGACGUGAUCAGCGAGUAUCCGCUCAAACAGAUGAUUGCCUUCCACAAGAGCCACGGAAAGGAAGCCACUAUCAUGGUCACAAAGGUGGAAGAACCAUCCAAGUAUGGAGUGGUGGUCAUGGACGAUGCCACGGGAGCCGUACAGAGAUUCGUGGAGAAGCCUCAAAUCUUCGUGGGCAACAAGAUCAACGCUGGAAUCUAUCUCCUCAGCCCGCAAACGGUCGACCGGAUCGAGCUCCGGCCAACUUCCAUUGAGAAGGAGAUCUUCCCUGCCAUCGCCGCGGAGAAGCAGCUCUUCGCGAUGGUUCUCCCGGGAUUCUGGAUGGACAUUGGCCAGCCCAAGGACUACAUCACGGGGUUGCGCUUGUACCUCGAGUCUAUCCGCCGCAAAUCGCCCGAGAAGCUCUCUAUCGGCGCUCACGUUGUUGGAAACGUGAUGAUCGACCCCUCGGCGCGGAUUGGGUCGGGGUGCUUGAUCGGGCCCGACGUAGCAGUAGGACCGGAUUGCGUGAUCGAGGAGGGCGUGAGAUUGUCUCGGUGCACGGUGAUGCGAGGCGCCCAGAUCCGGAAGCACUCGUGCGUGUCCGGGAGUAUCAUCGGGUGGCACUCGAAGCUCGGGCAGUGGACGAGGAUUGAGAACAUGACCGUGUUGGGCGAGGAUGUCCAGGUGAAAGACGAGCUCUACAGCAAUGGAGGGGUGGUGUUGCCACACAAGGAGAUCAAAACCAGCAUUCUCAAGCCCGAGAUUGUCAUGUAGGAUUUGACGAAGAACACACACCGGAUGAUUUUUUAGAAGAUUGGUAUGUAUCGUGGAAAGAUGGUAACUUACGUAGCAUGUAUCUGUGUGUAGGGGGAUUUCAUGUGACGAACUAACGAAUAAACAAUGGUUUAGAUGGUUCAGAGCUGACAA